ACAUUUCCAGACUUUGAACUGAGACGCUUCGUUGUUUGUCAAAUAUUUGCGCGAUAACGUGUGGUUGGUUUGUUAUCCAGUUGUAACAUUACAGAGAAAAAUAAAUAUAAUGUCCUGUAUAAGUAAGCAAGGCCUCGUUCUUCGCUUCAUGUAUGAAAACUUUAUAAAAUCAAGUUUAAGUUUUAAGACUAACAGAUGUGUAGGCGUAAAUAAUAUUGUGAUACCAAUAUCAAGCUUCAGUCAAAACGUUUUAGGCCUACAAAGUAAACAUAAUCUGUAUUCGCAUCAGGUAGUAUCACGUGAGCUUUCCCAAAAAGCUGGAGAUGGGAAUAAGCAUGCUGAUCUAUCAGUCCAACGGGAAGAACAGAUAGCUAUUUUGAAACUUCAGAGAACUCCUGUUAAUAGUCUAAACUUGGAGUACCUUCAAAAUCUGUACAACACAAUUGAUGAGCUAGAGAAAGACAAGUCAUGUAGAGGACUCAUCAUAGCAUCGGGCAUUCCAAAGAUCUUCUCUGCAGGACUUGACAUAAUGGAGAUGUUCCAACCCACUGAGGUGCGACUUCGAAAAUUUUGGGGAGCAUUACAAGAUUUUUGGUUGAAGCUCUAUAUGUCACCACUUGUAACAGUGGCUGCCAUUUCAGGUCACUCCCCAGCUGGUGGAUGUAUAAUUGCACUUAGCUGUGAUUACAGAAUAAUGACAGAAGGACCCUUUACUAUUGGAUUGAAUGAAACUAAUUUGGGAAUUGUUGCACCUCUAUGGUUCAAAAACAUUUAUGUGAACACAUUUGGUCAGCGUCAGGCAGAAUUAAGUCUUCAACUUGGUAAGCAGUUUACUGUUGAGGAAGCUUUACGACUCGGACUUGUGGAUGAGAUAUCACCCAAUGUUGAAGAUACCAUUCAGAAAGCACAAAACAUACUGAAAAUCUGGCUUCAAGUACCUGGGACAGCUCGCUACAGGACUAAAAUUAUGAUAAGAGAAGAAACUGCAGAGAAACUAAUAGCUACAAAACAGAAAGAAAUAAAUGAAGUUGUUCAGUUUAUUAUGCAAGAUUCUACACAAAAAAACUUAGCUGCUUAUCUUGAAAGCUUGAAAACGUUUAAACGCUAGCAUAAAAACAGUGUAAAUCUUGGUAAAGUAUAAAGAAACUAUGUAUAAAGCCAUUCAAUUGCUAUAAUUUUUAGUUUUACAUGAAAAUCAAAAAAAGGAUUUUCUCAUAUUUCAAGUACAGAAUUUUAUAUUUUUGAUUGGAUUUACUCAUAAUUAAUAUCUUUAUGGUAUUAAGAUACAUACAUGUGAUUGUUAUUUUAUAGUAAUAAUUAGGAAGUGCUUGUAUGAACCAUUAAAAGUUGUGUUGCCAGAUUUUAACUGUUAUUUGGAAUUGUCCAUCAAUAAUGUAAUCUGUUCCUGAUCCUGAGUAACAUACACAAUUUAAUAAUUUUACAGAACUAACCCAUUCCUUGUCAAGCUUUUUUGGAAAUAAGCUAAAAAAAAAAGUCAAGUUUUUAUUUCCCUUUUUGAUAGCUUAUACUUUUGCAUUAAUGAAACAAAAGUUCUUUUAUGAUCUGUUAUUAUAUGUAUGCACAAAAUAUACUCGAUAAAUAAAUAUCAUAUAUCUGGAUUUAUACACGAUACAUAUUAUUUCAAUAAAAUUACAGUAAAGAAUAGGAAUAAUUUUUCCAGUGUUUAUGAUACAUAAUUCAGAAUAAAUCUGAUAAAGAUUAGCAUAAAUAAGAUUUCUAGUGCCAUCUAUAGAGCAUUGAUUGUCAUUUAUAAGAAUAAAUUCAGGCAAGUAACUAAAAAUAUGGUGAGAAUAUUUUUGAAACAUGGAGGGCACUUGAAUUAUCUUGGGCAAAUCACAGAAGGGGUUAAAGCAAAAACAUUAGGCUUUCACAUGUUAAAAAAAAUGUUUUUUGGUACAAAAUUAACAAAUUUUAAACAAGACAUUAUAUAAAUCAACAGUUAAUUCAAAUUUUCUCCAUAAAGUUUUCCUACUUAAAGAAAAAUUGUUAUUAAACAAUUUAAGGAACAGUUUUAUGGUUAUUAGUGUUUAAGAGUUCAUUGUCUUUUUGUAAGGACGUAUAAUGGGCCUAAACUUUUUUUUGGUUUUUCAGUUCAUGACAAAAGAAAAAUUUUAUUUUUACCAAGGGUUUUGAAUGUCCAGGUACUGUUAAGCUCUAGUAAGAUAUCAUUUUCAGUCUGAGGAAGUCGUCGUUGUAGUGUUAAUGAUCUCUAAGCCAUGUUUGUUUGUUUUUUGUUGUUGUUAUUUUUUUCCUUCAAGUGCAAAUCAGUACAACUAAUAAUAAUAGCUUCACUGUGGUUGUGGAUCAUUGAAACAAAUUUGUUGUUUGUGGUAAAAUGUGGCAUUAACUUGUUUACUGAUUAUUCAAGUUAUUUAAUUAUCAAGUUGAAUUGUUAUACGAAACAUUAAAAGUGCUCUUUCAGUAUUAAA